AUAAUUAAAAACUCUAUUUUCUUUGAAAAAGUCACUCUUUACUAAAUGAAAUUUUCACUUAAGUCCUAAAUAACCAAGAAAUUAGUAAAUUUUCUUAUCUUUAUUAUGCUGAUGAAUCUUCAUAUCGGCCCUAGCUAAUGAGUUUUAAAGCUAUUUGAAAUUAGUACUCUCUCUAACAUUGGCAUUACUACGUUCUCAUUUUUUCGGACAGUAAUUUUUGAGUAGGAGAUACUUGGGGUCUCGAGGGCUCAGACAGCGCACUUACUUUACACAAGUCAAUUUUAAAUUUUAAAACUCUAGUUACUGUGAGCGCGGGCACGUGUUUCUUCACCAAUUUUCUUUUAAAUAAAUUUUGCAGUUGAUCUGCAUCAGGUUUAAAAUCUAAUCCGGAAGUCACCACAUGAUUUAAAACUCACGAUGAUCUUCAACUUGUGUAUAAUUUUAACAAAUUUUCUACUUAUCCAGGUAUCACCAAUUAAUUCAGCAGCUUUAGCCGGAAGUAGCAACGUGAAUUAUGAAUUUUGGACGGAAAUACCUGGAAUGGCAACUCUAAAAAUCGCUAGUGACGUCAAAGUGCCCGAAGCUUCAAACCCAACAGUAAACGGAUACACUUUUGAAAAGUAUAAAUCCUACAAUUAUUACAAAUCUUCGUCGCAAACAACUAAAAAUAACGUAACUUCCGGAACAAGCAGAGAAAUAUCCCAGACAUUAGACUUUUCAAGCAAAUGCCCCACGACUUCUGAGUACAUAAACUUCUUCCGAACCCGGGUCGCAAACUACUUGAAUCCUUCCAGUUAUCAAUUCAUCUUCAAAAAGGAAUCAUCUGAUGAAUGCAACUGGUAUCGGAUUAAAUGUUUUUAUUCGAUGAUCUUCGACGAUAAAUCUUGUUACUACAAGCACUUGGGAAACUGCAGUACUUUGGAUAUUAAAUCUACGGAGUUUUUUAGUACAGAUUUACCAAAGCAUGUUUAUGUUAAUCAAAUAGAAACUUCUGGUGUCUGUGGUUUGUACCAAGUUGAUUGUACAACUGAUAAGAAUUUACCUGCUGAUAAAAAUAUUUGUCGUUAUAAUUUUGUGAAUGAUUGUUCACAUUGUAAAACUACAUUGCUUUGA